AUCACCCCACUCUCUGCUGUUUAAGCGUCUGUCUGAGCCUAGUGACCUCAUCAUGAUGUGAUUUUUUUUUCUUUUCUUCAUCUUCCUGACUUGGAGAGAGAGAGAGAGAGAGAGAGAUGUCUUAAAAGACUCGAUUAGCUUAUCGAUCUCUGGGAGUCAACUUUGUCAGGAUUACGCUCCGGUACGUCUCCACCGUUUUUGCAGCCUGUUCGUGUCGUCCAGUCAUGGCACAGAAGGACGGUGCUGCCAAGAAGAACCCCGCUGUUGCCGCGCUGCACUCUCACUUUAUCGUGGGAUCGGUGUCGGAGGAGAACUCGGAGGAUGAAAUCCCAGUCAAGCCCGACCUGCCGCUGGAGGACAAGGAGCCCCGGUCCUUGUCUCCUUCCUCCGGGAGCUCAGACAGCACCUACGAGAUGGGGUUCGACUCCAUCGAUGGGCCCAUACACAAUCUAAGGCCAAGCAUGUCAGGGCUGCAUCUGGUGAAGCAAGGCAGAGAUCGCCGUCGCAUUGACCUCCAAAGGGACUUCACUGUGGCCUCUCCUGCAGAAUUUGUCACCCGCUUCGGUGGCAACAAGGUCAUUGAAAAGGUGCUUAUUGCCAAUAAUGGCAUUGCAGCGGUCAAAUGCAUGCGCUCCAUCCGCCGUUGGGCCUAUGAGAUGUUUCGCAAUGAACGAGCGAUCCGCUUCGUUGUGAUGGUGACACCAGAGGACCUGAAAGCCAACGCAGAGUACAUCAAAAUGGCAGAUCAUUACGUGCCUGUGCCGGGAGGGACGAAUAACAACAACUAUGCCAAUGUGGAGCUUAUACUGGACAUUGCUAAACGCAUACCUGUUCAGGCUGUGUGGGCCGGGUGGGGUCACGCCUCUGAGAACCCUAAGCUCCCAGAGCUGCUCCAUAAGAAUGGCAUUGCUUUCAUGGGUCCCCCAAGUCAGGCGAUGUGGGCUCUAGGCGACAAGAUCGCCUCGUCUAUCGUUGCUCAGACAGCUGGAAUUCCAACUCUGCCUUGGAGCGGUACAGGCCUGACAGUAGAAUGGACAGAGAGCAACCAGAAGAAGAGGGACAUUAACGUUCCUUUAGACGUGUACGAGCUUGGCUGCAUCCAAGAUGUAGAGGACGGCAUGAAGGCGGCAGAGAAAGUCGGCUACCCUGUGAUGGUGAAGGCCUCAGAGGGAGGGGGAGGAAAGGGGAUCCGUAAAGUGAACUCUGCUGAUGAUUUCCCAAACCUCUUCAGACAGGUCCAGGCAGAAGUUCCAGGAUCGCCUAUUUUUGUCAUGCAGCUGGCCAAGCAUGCGCGCCAUCUGGAGGUCCAGAUCUUAGCCGACCAGUAUGGAAAUGCCAUCUCCCUGUUUGGCAGAGAUUGUUCCGUACAACGACGGCACCAGAAAAUCAUAGAGGAGGCUCCUGCUACCAUUGCCACCUCUGAUAUUUUUGAGGAUAUGGAAAGGUGUGCAGUGAAGCUGGCUAAGAUGGUCGGGUACGUCAGUGCAGGUACAGUGGAGUACCUCUACAGUCAGGACGGCAGCUUCUACUUCUUGGAGCUCAACCCUCGUCUGCAGGUGGAACAUCCCUGCACUGAGAUGGUCGCUGAUGUCAACCUGCCUGCAGCCCAACUGCAGAUUGCCAUGGGUAUCCCUCUUCAAAGGAUCAAAGACAUCAGGAUGCUUUAUGGGGUCCAGCCCUGGGGAGACUCUCCCAUUGACUUUGAGGGACUGUCGACAGCACCAUCCCCCCGGGGCCAUGUCAUCGCAGCACGUAUCACCAGUGAAAAUCCUGACGAGGGUUUCAAGCCGAGUUCUGGAACAGUGCAAGAGUUGAAUUUCCGCAGCAAUAAGAACGUGUGGGGCUACUUCAGCGUCGCAGCUGCUGGAGGGCUGCAUGAGUUUGCUGACUCCCAGUUUGGACACUGUUUCUCUUGGGGAGAGAAUCGGGAAGAAGCCAUCUCUAACAUGGUGGUGGCUCUGAAGGAGUUGUCUAUCAGAGGAGACUUUAGGACGACAGUGGAAUACCUCAUAAAGCUGCUGGAGACUGAAAGCUUUCAGCACAACAGCAUUGACACUGGCUGGCUGGACCGGCUCAUCUCAGAGAAGAUGCAGGCGGAGCGUCCCGACACCAUGCUGGGAAUCGUUAGCGGGGCUCUUCAUGUGGCAGACGUCAAUCUGAGGAACAGUGUCUCCAACUUCCUGCAUUCUCUGGAAAGGGGUCAGGUGCUGCCUGCUCACACACUCCUCAACACUGUGGAAGCGGAGCUGAUCUAUGAAGGCACAAAGUACGUCCUGAAAGUGACCCGACAGUCUCCCAACUCCUACGUGGUCAUCAUGAACCACUCCUCUGCCGAGGUGGACGUCCAUCGUCUCAGUGAUGGAGGUCUUCUGCUGUCUUAUGAUGGAAGCAGCUAUACCACAUACAUGAAGGAGGAGGUGGACAGGUAUCGCAUCACCAUCGGGAACAAGACUUGUGUUUUUGAGAGGGAGAAUGAUCCUUCGCUGCUGCGAUCCCCUUCAGCAGGAAAGCUCAUCCAGUACACGGUUGAGGAUGGCGGCCAUGUUUUUUCUGGCCAGUGCUAUGCUGAAAUAGAGGUCAUGAAGAUGGUAAUGACCCUCACAGCUGCAGAGUCUGGUUGUAUUCACUAUGUGAAGAGGGCUGGAGCAGCACUGGAGCCCGGAUGUGUCAUUGCCAAGCUGCAGCUGGAUGACCCGAGCAGAGUGCAACAGGCAGAGCUGCACACUGGCGCCCUGCCUACUAUUCAGGCAGUAGCUCUCAGAGGGGAGAAGCUCCACAGAGUCUUCCACAACACACUGGACCAUCUCGUUCACAUUAUGAAUGGUUACUGUCUCCCUGAGCCUUUCUUCAGCGCUAAGUUGAAAGAGUGGGUGGAGAGGUUGAUGAAGACAAUGCGUGACCCCUCUUUGCCUCUGCUGGAGCUUCAAGACAUCAUGACGAGCGUGUCCGGGCGCAUCCCCCCUGCUGUGGAGAAGGCCAUCAAGAAAGAGAUGGCCCAGUACGCCAGCAACAUUACGUCCGUGCUCUGCCAGUUUCCCAGCCAGCAGAUUGCAAACAUCCUGGACAGCCAUGCAGCCACUCUUAACAAGAAGUCAGAGAGAGAAGUCUUCUUUAUGAACACACAAAGUAUCGUCCAGCUGGUGCAGAAGUAUCGCAGUGGUAUCCGAGGUCACAUGAAGGCAGUGGUGAUGGACUUGCUCAGACAGUACCUGAAAGUAGAGAUCCAGUUUCAGAAUGGACACUAUGACAAGUGUGUGUUUGCAUUGCGAGAGGAAAACAAAGGCGACAUGGCCAAUGUGCUCAACUACAUCUUCUCUCAUGCUCAAGUCACCAAGAAGAACCUGGUGGUCACGAUGCUGAUUGACCAGCUGUGUGGCCGUGACCCGACACUGACAGAUGAACUGAUGGCCAUCUUGACUGAACUAACACAGCUCAGCAAGACGACUAAUGCUAAGGUGGCUCUGCGGGCCCGACAGGUGUUGAUAGCUUCCCACCUCCCCUCUUAUGAGCUACGACACAACCAGGUGGAAUCCAUCUUCCUCUCCGCCAUCGAUAUGUAUGGACACCAGUUCUGCAUCGAGAACCUGCAGAAACUGAUCCUCUCUGAGACAUCCAUCUUUGAUGUUCUGCCCAACUUCUUCUACCACAGUAACCAGGUAGUCAGGAUGGCUGCCCUUGAGGUGUACGUUCGCAGAGCAUACAUCGCAUAUGAGCUCAACAGCGUUCAGCACCGUCAGCUGAAAGACAACACGUGUGUGGUGGAGUUCCAGUUCAUGCUUCCCACCUCACACCCCAACAGAGGGAACAUCCCCACUCUAAACAGGAUGUCAUUCUCCUCCAACUUAAACCACUAUGGCAUGGUGCACGUAGCCAGCGUCAGUGAUGUUCUGCUCGACACGUCUUUUACACCGCCUUGUCAACGCAUGGGAGCCAUGGUCGCCUUCCGCUCCUUUCAGGAGUUCACCAGGAACAUCCCUGAUGUGCUGAGCUGCUUUUCUGACUCUCCUCCUCCGAGUCCGACGUUCCCAGAGGGAGGGAAUCCUGUCCUGUACGGAGAAGAGGAGAACAAGAGUGUUCAGGACGAGCCUAUCCAUAUCCUGAAUGUGGCUAUAAAGACUGACAGCGACAUCGAUGACGACGGCCUGGCCGCCAGCUUCCGAGAGUUCACUCAGUCAAAGAAAUCUCUGCUGUUUGAACACGGUAUCCGUAGGCUGACUUUCCUGGUUGCUCAGAAGGAUUUCAGGAAGCAAGUCAACUGUGAGGUGGACCAAAGGUUUCAUAGAGAGUUCCCCAAGUUUUUCACAUUCCGUGCCAGAGACAAGUUUGAGGAGGACAGGAUCUACCGUCACUUGGAGCCGGCACUGGCUUUCCAGUUGGAGCUCAACCGCAUGCGUAACUUUGCCCUAACUGCCAUCCCAUGUGCGAACCACAAGAUGCAUCUGUACCUGGGUGCAGCCCGCGUCGAGCAGGGCACAGAAGUGACGGACUACCGUUUCUUUGUGCGAGCCAUCAUCCGCCACUCUGAUCUGGUCACAAAGGAGGCCUCUUUCGAAUACCUUCACAAUGAGGCAGAGCGUCUCCUGCUGGAAGCCAUGGAUGAGCUGGAGGUGGCUUUCAACAACACGACUGUACGGACUGACUGCAACCACAUCUUCCUCAAUUUUGUCCCCACUGUCAUCAUGGACCCAUCAAAGAUCGAGGAGUCAGUGCGCUCCAUGGUGAUGCGUUACGGCAGCCGUCUUUGGAAGCUGCGUGUCCUGCAGGCCGAACUGAAAAUUAACAUACGCCUGACUCCGACGGGAAAGCAGAUCCCCAUCCGCCUCUUUCUCACCAACGAAUCAGGCUACUACCUGGACAUCAGCCUGUACAAGGAGGUCACCGACUCCCGAACGGGACAGGUGGGGCCCAAAGACCGACAGAUCAUGUUUCAAGCCUAUGGAGACAAACAGGGCCCGCUGCACGGCAUGCUCAUCAACACACCUUACGUCACUAAAGACCUGCUGCAGUCCAAGCGCUUCCAGGCGCAGUCUCUGGGCACCACAUACGUCUACGACUUUCCAGAAAUGUUCCGACAGGCUCUGAAGAAGAUGUGGCACUCCAGCCAGACGUUUGCCCACUUACCCAAAUGUCCUCUUCCCUCUGAGCUGCUCACCUUCACAGAGCUGGUGCUUGACGCCCAAGGUCAGCUCGUGCAGAUGAACCGACUGCCAGGGGGCAACGAGAUCGGCAUGGUGGCGUGGCGGAUGACCCUGCGUACACCAGAAUAUCCAGCAGGCCGCGAGAUCAUCGUCAUAGCCAAUGACAUCACACACAAGAUCGGCUCAUUCGGGCCCCAGGAGGAUGUGUUGUUUCUGCGGGCGUCGGAGAUGGCGCGAGAGAGCAGCAUCCCUCGAAUCUACGUCGCAGCAAACAGCGGCGCCCGCAUCGGGCUGGCAGAGGAAAUCCGACACAUGUUCCACGUGGCCUGGCAAGAUCCUGUUGACCCCUAUAAGGGUUUCAAGUAUCUCUACCUCACACCUCAGGAUUACAAGAAAGUGUCAGCCCUGAACUCUGUGCACUGUGAACAUGUGGAGGAUGAGGGAGAAUCCAGGUACAAGAUCACUGACAUCAUUGGGAAAGAUGAGGGGCUCGGUGUUGAGAACCUGAAAGGGUCCGGAAUGAUUGCUGGAGAGUCCUCUCUGGCCUACGACGAGAUCAUCACCAUGAACCUGGUCACAUGCAGAGCCAUAGGGAUAGGGGCCUAUCUGGUGAGGCUGGGGCAGAGAACCAUUCAGGUGGACAACUCUCACAUUAUCCUUACUGGAGCUGGUGCGCUCAACAAGGUACUAGGCAGAGAGGUUUACACAUCCAAUAACCAACUCGGUGGUAUUCAAAUCAUGCACAACAAUGGGGUGACCCACACUACUGUUGCUGAUGACUUUGAGGGAGUCUUCGCACUGCUGCAGUGGCUCUCCUACAUGCCAAUGUGUAAAGCCAGUCCUGUACCCAUCCUCGAUGCCAAGGAUCCCAUUGACCGCCCGAUAGAGUUUGUGCCCACAAAGGCUCCCUAUGACCCCCGCUGGAUGUUGGCAGGACGGCCAAGCCAGAGUCCAAAAGGAUCGUGGCAGAGCGGCUUCUUCGACCAGGGCUCGUUCAUGGAGAUCAUGCAGCCGUGGGCUCAGAGCGUGGUGGUGGGCAGGGCCAGACUGGGUGGGAUACCUACGGGGGUGGUUGCUGUGGAAACCAGGACUGUUGAGCUGUCGAUCCCCGCGGAUCCAGCCAAUCUGGACUCAGAGGCGAAGAUCAUCCAGCAGGCAGGACAGGUGUGGUUCCCUGAUUCUGCUUUCAAAACAGCACAGGCCAUUAAGGACAUGAACAGAGAGGGGCUGCCUCUCAUGGUGUUUGCGAACUGGAGGGGCUUCUCUGGAGGAAUGAAAGAUAUGUAUGACCAGGUGCUGAAGUUCGGGGCCUACAUUGUGGAUGGCCUGAGGGAGUACAAGCAGCCUGUUCUGGUUUAUAUCCCCCCUCAGGCUGAGCUGAGAGGAGGAUCAUGGGUAGUCAUAGAUCCCACCAUCAACCCUCGUCACAUGGAGAUGUACGCCGACAAGGACAGCCGAGGCGGGGUGCUGGAGCCUGAGGGAACAGUGGAGAUCAAGUUUAGGAGGAAGGACCUAGUGAAGACCAUGAGGAGAGUGGAUCCGGUCUACACGGGCUUGGCUGAGAGAUUGGGAACCCCAGAGCUGAGUCCCCCCGACCGCAAAGAGCUGGAGACCCAACUAAAGGAGCGUGAGGAGUUCCUCCUGCCCAUCUACCACCAGGUGGCCGUGCAGUUUGCAGACCUCCAUGACACCCCAGGUCGCAUGCAAGAGAAAGGUGUUAUAACGGAUAUCCUUGAGUGGCAGACAUGCCGUCACUUCUUUUACUGGCGCCUGCGUCGUCUGCUGCUGGAGGAGACGGUGAAGAGGAAGAUCCAAGCGGCCAACAGCGAGCUGAAUGACGGACAGAUCCAGGCGAUGCUGCGCCGCUGGUUUGUGGAGGCCGAGGGCGCUGUCAAGGCCUAUCUGUGGGAUAACAAUGAGGAGGUGGUUGCAUGGCUGGAGAGGCAACUUGCUGAAGAAGAGGGCGCCAGGUCUGUGAUCGAUGAGAACAUCAAGUACAUCCGCCGAGAUCACAUUCUCAAGCAGAUACGCAGCCUUGUUCAGGCCAACCCAGAGGUCGCCAUGGAUUCAAUCGUGCACAUGACCCAGCACAUCUCACCCACACAGAGAACAGAGGUGGUGCGGAUCCUGUCCACUAUGGAGACGUCAGCCUCCUCCUAAAGUGUGUGUGUGUGGGGGGGGGGGGCUCUCCUCCCUGCCUGGCGGGCUGAAGCACAGCUCAGGCAGAAACCCCAACCAAAGGAGACUGUCUCAGCUGCACCCGGUCCCUGACUGGAGACUGAAGAUGGAGGAGCCAACAUGAGGGCCCCUGGCAGCUGCCAGGUUACCGAUGAAUCGCUGGCAAUGAUUCUUAGGAAGCAAAACUUCCGUUGACAAUUUUAAUGUUUGUGAAUCCACUCGUGUGUUACUUAAAUCCAUUUGUUUUGUGUUCAAGUGCAAUUGAAUAAUAACUAAAGAAAAAUCUGCUGACUAAUAUGUUUGAAGUUUACACAGUUGAUGCUUCCAUGACAAUCAGUGCUCUCUGAUGCUUUUAACUGGAGUUGCACAUUAAGUCAGAGUGCUAUUGUCAUGUAAAACACACCCUGGUUUGUGACAUAUGCUUGUCGUGAUUUGCAAGUAUUUUGAUGACCAACUCGACAAUGACAACUCAUUGCUGGGAGCAUCAGAAAGAGAAAAGGGGAUGUUACACUUCUCGGCAGGGAGUUACUGAACAAAGACCGAGGAACACUACAACAGAUUUGGACAGGGGAGCCCAGCAGGGAGCGUGAGGCGAGGUCCCCCUUUUUUAGACCCUGACUGUUUCACAGUCACCCCACAGUGAGCGGCGGGCCAGCUCGCCUCAAAAAAAAAAAAACAACAGCUGUCCCUUCUGUUCUCACUCACACACACAGGACAAACACAUGCUGCUUAAGACGCACUUUACUGCUGCUCACUGUUCCCCUCACAUUGCACCGUUUGAACUGUUGCAUCUAGCACACACACACACACACACACAUACACAUACACACUCACAAAGUGAUAGAAGCAGCAACACACUGAGGUGGUAAUAAGUGACAUAAGAGUUGUUAAUGGUACUACACACAGAGCAUGGUCGCUUAGAGACCUCUUCCUUUCUCCUCUGGUUACUUUAUUUUUUUAACCCCUUUUGUGUUUGCUUCUUAAACCAGUCAUAAAAGGUUUUUUUUUAAUUUAUUUUAUAACUAAAGAGAUAUUUUUUUGAAUUGAUAACAAAUAGAUGGCUCGGUCAUUUAAUGUGUGUUUGUGAAAGAACUAAAUCUGCUGUUCACUGGUCUUACAUGUUACAUGUCUUAUAGUGUGUCAUUUGAGCUGUAAUCCACAUUAACAAAGGGUGUACUUAAUGAGAUGUUACUUAUUUUUUAUUAUUUCAUUUGGAGAACACAUAUUACUUCACUUGAUGUUGUUACCAAUAGACAGGCAUAGUGUUCUACCUGUGUAAUAAAAGGAUUUCACUUCACUGUAACUCUGUUUCAGUCCUAUCGAUCACUUUGUGAUAUGCUCUCCUGAUAAAGCAAUGUUAGCAACGUGAAAUGGCUUUUGUGAUCUGUGCUGUGCCUUUUAUGUGCCUGUAUGACAAGUUGUCCAGUUGCUUCAUAAGUAACUGAUUGUCUCCGAAAUGGCUGGAGAAGAAUUCACAGUGACGAGCUCUAAAUGUGUCUGCAAAUUUAAUAAAGCUUAACCAACUUCUUCUGAGUUUGUACUAAAACAA